CAACGGUGACUUCCCAGAUAAGCUCUCUCCCCGACACGUAGAAGCUCGAGAGAACUACUCCAAAGCGCGAGGAAGGAAGAUUGCGAGGUACAUUAGCCGAUCUAGGAGGUGAAGAGCGGGAGAAGAUGGCGAUCAAGGGCGCGCUGCUGUUCUUGGUCGUCUGCGCGGCUGCUCGAGCUGCUUCUGCCGGCGAUGGCCCACUCCCGAACGGCAACUUCGAGGACUCGCCGGACAGGUUCCAAAUGGACGGCUCGAGGGUGACGGGGGCGAACGCCAUCCCACAGUGGAAGAUCACCGGGCACGUUGAGUACAUCGAGUCCGGGCAGACGCAGGGCGACAUGAUCCUGACGGUGCCGGAGGGCUCGCACGCCGUGCGGCUGGGCGAGGACGGCUCCAUCCACCAGCAGCUCAGCGUGGCGCCGGGCACGCAGUACUCCGUCACCUUCAGCGCGGCGCGCACGUGCGCCCAGUACGAGAAGCUGACCGUGUCGGUCGUCCCCGGCGACGCGUCCGACGAGAUCUCCAUCCAGACGGUGUACACCAGCAGCGGCUGGGACUCCUACUGCUGGGCUUUCCAGGCCACGAACGACGUCAUGACGCUCACCAUCCACAACCCCGUCCACGAGGACGACCCCGCCUGCGGCCCCAUGAUCGACUCCGUCGCCAUCAAGACGCUCUACCCUCCUCAGGCCACCGGCGAUAACUUGCUGAGGAACGGGGACUUCGAGCAUGGGCCGUACAUCGCGCCGGGGUCACCAUUCGGGGUGCUGGUGCCCAACAGGGACGAGACCCACAUCUCGCCGAUCUCGGGGUGGAUGAUCAUGUCCUACUCCAAGGUCAUCAAGUACGUGGACUCGCCGCACUACGCGGUGCCGCACGGCUCCUACGCCGUGGAGCUGGUGUCCGGCGGGGAGGCCGCGCUGGUGCAGGAGGUGGAGACCGUGCCGGGGAGCGCGUGCAGGCUGGAGUUCUCGGUCGGGAACGCCGGCAACCGGUGCGAGUCGAGCGACGAACAGCCCAUGCGCGUGCUGGUCUCCACGGCGGGCGGGAGCAAGACCGUGGUGCACCGCUCCGACGGCUACGGCGGGGGCACCACGCGCGCCUCGCUCGAGUUCACGGCGAUCCAUAGCCGGACCAAGGUGGUGUUCUCCGGCUCCAGCUACCACACCAAGUCCGACAGCAGCGGCACCCGCUGCGGGCCCGUCGUCGACGACGCCUCGCUCGUCUGCGUUCCGCCGACGCCUGCCCGCCGGUUGCUUCGCUGAUGCGUUCGUUCGUUCCCGAGGCUGACACGGCUGUUACAUUGCGUCUGGAACACAGUGUAUCAUCCGUGGCCGUGCUGGCUUGGCAAUUGUACCACUACACAUUUUAUUCGUUACUUAUUUUUUUAGGAACGGGUUUCCCUUUAUCGAAAAAGUUUUAGGAACGGGUUUACUUAUGCGGAGGGAUGCAAGAUGACAGUAGCUGAAAAUGGUUUUUGGGUCAGUCGAUUGAAAGCCGUCAGAUGCAAAAUGAAGGCCAGAUGAUUUUUUUUUUCAACCU